CAUCUGUCAUCUUCAUCUUCCCACUUCUCCACCACAUUUUCAAUAAAUUCCCACUUGGCUCAGCCUCCUUGCUGGUAGAGGAGUACGCCCAACUGUAUAUAUUUUCCCCCUCCUUCUCUUCCUUUUCUAGCUUUGGUGGGACCUGAUCCACUCCGACUAUUACUACUCCGAUCUUUCUAUCGCUUUUUGGACCGUGGCCCGCAUGUCUGCCUCACGAACCACCCUGCUCAUAUAGGGAGGUUCUUAUUGACUCGUCCCACUCCCUUGUCGUCAUCUUUCUUACUCCUUCCUUCCUUCUUCCUCGUUGGGAUUAUCGCGGGUGAACCGUGGCCGUCGAGUGACCUACGCUAUCUGGCUUCCCCCGCGAAGGGAAACCAGACCCCCCUCCCACCGUCCCACCGUCUAUAUCGACGAGAUUGACCAGGACGAUGACUAUGUCUCCCUCAUUCUCGGCGAGGGCCGUGUCAGCCAUCGCCCUCGCCCUCCUUAUCCAUAACGUCGCCGCAUUGGCCGAUGACGCUUCUCCCACUAAAACCACCACGACGUCAUCGUCUCCCCAAAAAAUCCACUAUCCGUUGGCAGGACCCGACCCCAAGGGCGAUGGGGAGGACUCGGGCGAAUGCAGGCUCCUGGGGCCGUUUUCCCUUUUCGUGCAGGCCGCGCUGGGGGCGCUGGCGCUUCUAUCACUCGUUUACAAGCGGUGGAGGGAACGCCCGCAACGGCCCUUGAAAGUCUGGGCCUUUGAUGUCUCGAAGCAAGUCUUCGGCUCGGCCAUGUUGCACCUGGCCAAUCUGCUCAUGUCCAUGUUCUCGGCCGGCCAGUUGGAGAUUACCAGCGACUACAGACCCAACCCGUGUUCCUUCUACAUCUUGAACCUGGGCAUCGAUACGACUCUGGGGAUUCCCAUUCUCAUCUUUAUCCUGUACAUCCUCAAUCGGCUCGCCUCGUACACCCCUCUCGCCAACCCCCCCGAAUCCAUCCAGUCCGGAAACUAUGGUCGCCCGCCCCGCGCGACCUGGUGGUUUAAGCAGUCGAUGAUCUACUUUGUCGGGUUGCUGGGCAUGAAGAUCUGUGUCUUCUUCCUCAUCCAGCUGAUCCCGUUCAUCGUCAAGGUGGGCGAUUGGGCGCUGCGCUGGACCGAGGGCAACCCGGGCGUCCAGAUCUUCUUCGUGAUGCUCCUGUUCCCGCUCAUCAUGAACGCCGUCCAGUACUACAUCAUCGAUACCUUCAUCAAGAAGCCCGCUCACCAGUUGGAAGAGGAAGAGAGUCGGGAACACGAGGCGUCCGGUGACGAGCGGGGUCCGCACGAUGGCCUCUUGGCGGGGCUGGAGGAUAACACGCUCGAAUCGGACGACGAGUCGGGCAAAGAUACCAGGCGGGAUAUGGAAAACUCCGCACAGGCCAAGGAGCAGUUGCCACGGUAUGAGCACGAGGGCGACUACUUCUCAACGUCAUCCUCCUCCGCCAACUCUGGUGCCGAGCACAAUCACGGCCGACCGUCGCUAUCGACAAAACCUGCCACCCAGCAGUAGGCCCCUAAAAAGAAGACAUCAAUCGACUGAUGUCCACGCACUGGUUUUGCGAGUACGGGCGUUGGCUUGGAUUCAUUCAUUUCGCUUAUUGCUCAUGCAAGUCACUUCACACUGGAUGUAUAGGUGCGGUGUGUGAAGUGUCAAAAAUCAUCCAUUAGACGCAAUAUACAUAGUCUGUUACAUAGUUUCUGCAAUUGUAUACAAUCGAGUCC